AUGACGAUAAAUAACUAAAGUAAAGGAAUUACAUGCGUUGUGAAAACGCAAUAGACUAAUAUUGACACUGCCAUAAAGCGAAGGUAUAAAUGUCGUAAAAAACCAACAUGGCGGCUGCAAUGACAGGACGUGGUGUCUCUUUUAUUAGGAGUGUACCUUCGGUGUUACUCUCACGGUUACAGAUUCUAGGUGGUGGCUCCCAGCAGCUCUCAUGUCUCCACACCAGUGCAUCCCUGGAAUCUAAAACUUGGGAGAGGAGGAACCUGAAAGUGUAUCCGCCUCAGCUGCCUGAUGAGCCUCGCAGACCAGCAGAGAUUCACCACAGUAGGAGGCAGAUUAAGUACAGCAAAGACAAAAUGUGGUAUUUGGCCAAAAUGAUCAGAGGGAUGAGCAUCGAUGAGGCCAUUGCACAGCUGGAGUUUAAUGACAAGAAAGGAGCAAAAAUCAUGAAAGAGGUCCUUCUUGAAGCUCAGGAGAUGGCAGUGAAGAAUCACAAUGUAGAGUACAAAUCCAACCUGUAUGUAGCUGAGUCGUAUUCGGGCAAAGGGAAGUACCUGAAACGGAUCCGUUACCACGGCAGGGGGAUGUUUGGCAUAAUGGACAAAGUUUAUUGUCACUACUUUGUCAAGCUGAUGGAGGGCGCACCACCCAAAAUUGAGAAGAAGACCAACUUUGACCAGGCCAAAGAGUACGUCCAGUCCCUGAAGAACCGAACCAUCAUCCACAGUCUGUAGAGCAGACAUCUGACACCAUUUCAGUCUCACUGUAACCAUUUUUAUGUGUAUGUAUCAUUUUUUUCUGUAAAUAAAUACAUGAGAAUUUCUGAGCCUUA